AUGCUCUGUCUCUAUAUGUUUCGACAUCACUAUCGCAAACAUCCCGGUCUAUCCGUUCCCCUCCACACACAUACACAACAUCCCAAACCAAACGCUCGUUCACUACUCCAUACACUUAAUCCUUUAGGAGCUAAAGCCCGGGUUAGGAUUAUCGCAGAAUAUAAAGAAUUUGUUGUCUUCUUAUUGGGUGUCUUCGUGUGUGUAUUGUUUGUGUGGAAAGUGUUCGGCGUUUUCAUCGAUACUAACGGCGAGACUUCCGGGGCUGAGGCUAUGGCGAGCGGACAGCAAACCACCAUUAAGUUGAUGAGAGGCGACUCCGGGUCCUCCUGGGGUUUCCGACUACAGGGCGGCAAAGAUUUCGCUAUUCCUCUAUCAGUGGUUAAGGUGAAUGGGAACAGUUUGGCUGCUCAGGGAGGUCUUCAGAUCGGAGAUAUAAUUGUCAAAAUCAGUGGCAAUAGUGUGGAUGAUAUGCGACACAAAGAGGCUCAGGAAGCCAUCUAUAGGGCCGGUAAUUAUCUGGAGAUCACUAUACAAAGAGGUGAUAUCAAUACGUGGAGACCUACUGUAACACCAGUCGGUAACACUAGACCCGGUCAACAGACUUACACGAAGACAUCAUUGGAAAAGCCACAACAGAAUUCAACGCCAAUCGGAAGUGGAUAUAAUGCAAACGCUAAGCCAUUCACCGGCAGUCCAAACAUACCAUCACUGGUUCACAAGCAAUACAAUUCACCCGUCAAUCUAUACUCCGAGAAAAAUAUCGCCCAAACACUGGAAGCGCACACAGAAGUGCUCACAUCGGGUGCCCUGGGCAUAAACUUCAUGAGACCGGACGCUCCCAUCAAUAAGGAGUCUGCAGUCUAUCAGAUGGUUCACGACGAAGAGGUUAGGAAAGCAAAGGGAGAAUCGGGGGCCGCCUCGAAGUCAGUCUCGCCAGAUGUCCAUCACUUAAGAAAUACAGAGACAACGAGCACUACGACGACCACCACAUACGGCACCCGACACGUGGAGGCGCCCAUCGAUAGGCCGGCGUCCGAACGACAGGACAGAAUCAACCAAAACAUAUGCUCGGAGUGCGAGAGAUUGAUUGUGGGUGUAUUCGUUCGCGUGAAAGACAAGUCACUUCACGCCGAGUGUUUCCGUUGCGCCACUUGUGGCACAUCACUGAAAAAUGUGGGCUAUUUUACCAUCAAUGAAAAACUCUAUUGCGAUAUACACGCCAAACAAAUGGCCAGUCUUAUCACACCGACCGGCAGUAUUUUACCGGUUUCGCCCCAAAAUCAAAUGAACAACAAUAUCGGCCCAAAUGUGUCAACCAAUUCAUUAGGCGUUCCGGCGCUGAAUCGUGUCGUGCCUCAGAGCGCGCCGCCGAGCGCUGGUCCCGUCCCAUACCAUUCACUUCACGCCGAGUGUUUCCGUUGCGCCACUUGUGGCACAUCACUGAAAAAUGUGGGCUAUUUUACCAUCAAUGAAAAACUCUAUUGCGAUAUACACGCCAAACAAAUGGCCAGCCUUAUCACACCGACCGGCAGUAUUUUACCGGUUUCGCCCCAAAAUCAAAUGAACAACAAUAUCGGCCCAAAUGUGUCAACCAAUUCAUUAGGCGUUCCGGCGCUGAAUCGUGUCGUGCCUCAGAGCGCGCCGUCGAGCGCUGGUCCCGUCCCAUACCAUUUUAAAAGUAAUUCAAACCCGAGCGCCGGUUCGGCGCCCUAUUAUGGCAACUCAUACGGCGCCGGCCAUCCGGCCGAUGGCGGACAGCCCGAUGGCUACCGACCCUUUCACGGUCGUCCCAAAUUCCAUUGGCCUCCCAGUGACUACCCGUCCAACACCGCUGUCGGCGCCAAUGAUAGUAGAACUACCGUACACUUCAACUCUAGUACCACUGAUAAUAUAGUCGGCCCUCACAUCCGAAACAAUACCGGAGCUAAUCGUAGAGAAAGACCGAAAUCGUUUGGAGAAUAUUCCUCUCUAUACGCCUCGACCGCCCACUCCUCUGCCCCCCACUCGGCCUCCACUCCCCCACAGACCUACUCUUACUCUUACACUUGCAAUACUUCAUCGCACGUACCGUACAGUCCCUACCGAUCGCCGGCCACCGUAGACGACGACCGUAACAGAGCCUCACAUUUAUCGUCUUUUCCCCCAAACGGCACCCCCUCUAUAGCCACUUACGCCACUAGCUUUGCACAGCACUCGUCACAACAACAACAGUCCCAAACCAAAGUCCCGCCACAACCGCCGGUCACAGCACCUAAACCGCAGAUUAAUAGUAGUAAUUGGACACCAGGUUCUUCGCCGUACGCCCUGUCGGCCACGAUUCCCGGUCCCGGACAGUCGUCCAUCGCUCCGGGCUCGCGAUCCGCGCCCCGUCGUGGUAGAGGUCUCUUGAAGGCACCCAUCACUGGCUCGAGUAUUCCCAUAUGCGGAUCAUGUGGGACACCCGUUCGUGGCCCAUUCAUAGUGGCGCUCAACAAGACAUGGUGUCCGCAUCACUUCACGUGCGCUAACAGUCAAUGCAAUCGCGCACUCGAAGAGAUCGGUUUCGUCGAAGAACAGGGAAAACUCUACUGCGAGACCUGCUAUGAGGCAUAUCUGGCGCCCAUCUGUUCAAAAUGUCGCCAACGGAUCAAAGGGGUCGAGAUCGGUUUCGUCGAAGAACAGGGAAAACUCUACUGCGAGACCUGCUAUGAGGCAUAUCUGGCGCCCAUCUGUUCAAAAUGUCGCCAACGGAUCAAAGGGGACUGUCUGACGGCGCUCGAGAAGCAGUGGCAUCCGGAGUGUUUCAGCUGCGGCUACUGUAAGCAGCCGUUCGGCAACAGUAGCUUCUAUUUGGAGGACAGCGUUCCCUACUGUGAGAAAGACUGGAACGAACUCUUCACCACGAAGUGUGUCGGCUGUGGUCUGGCCAUAGAGGCCGGCGACCGUUGGGUCGAGGCUCUCAACCAGAACUAUCACUCCAACUGUUUCAUGUGCACCGUUUGUCGCGCCAAUCUCGAGGGCCAGAGCUUCUACGCCAAAGGGGGCCGACCUUUCUGUAAAGCACACGCCCGAUAGACAGCCCACACACCCCACGCCUGGUAUGGCCUGCGAUGGUCUGAUGAGUCAUACAUAUCCGGUGGGCUA